CGCUUCCGGCACCGAGGACCCUGGGCUGGCGUAUCGUAGGGUUGAUGCAGGAGGUUUCGCAGCGUUGACCUUUCCUGUCGGUUCUUCGCGCUGCCCGAGGCCGUAGAGCGGAGCCUAGCGGGCAGCGGGAAGCUCCGAGGCAUCGCAACUGGCGCACAGGCCCCGGGGCCCGCCGGCUAAGCCAUGGUUCAGCUCACUACUCUCCUCUGUAAGGCCUACCAUGGAGGCCACUUAACCAUCCGCCUUGCCUUGGGCGGCUGUACCAACCGGCCUUUCUACCGCAUCGUGGCUGCUCACAACAAGUGUCCCAGGGAUGGCCGUUUCGUGGAGCAGCUGGGCUCCUAUGACCCACUACCCAAUAGUCACGGAGAGAAACUCGUUGCUCUCAACCUGGACCGGAUUCGGUAUUGGAUUGGCUGUGGAGCCCACCUCUCUAAACCUGUGGAAAAGCUUCUGGGUCUUUCUGGCUUUUUCCCUCUGCAUCCGAUGAUGAUCACAAAUGCUGAAAGGCUGCGACGGAAACGGGCACAAGAAGUCCUCCUAGCCGCUCAGAAAACAGAUACAGACGUUACAGAAACUAAAACGAACUGACUUCAGUGAGCAUAGCAGUGGGAACAAGGUCAAAGUCCUCUUAAUAUAUUUGUGGAGAGCUCUUAGUUGUAUUACAUUUAGCGGUCAAUAAAUGGAAUUUUUUAAGUCA